GCCUGAGUAGAAGUGCUGCUCAGCGCUCACGAGGGCGCUCACGAGGGGCCUGUAAUGGAAUCUGACAAGAGCUUUCGAACAUGGCGCCAGGUCGGCUUGGCUGUUGACAAAAUGACCUUCAUUCGCAUAGGCUUCUUGGGUUGACGUUUGGGCCAAGAAUGGAGGGGGAAGCGAGUGUGAAGCAGCUCUUGCUGCAGCAGACAAUUCCCGCCCUUCCCAACGCCGGCCCGGGCGCCGCCGCUUGGCUGCCCACCUUUGCUGGGUCCAGCUGGCUCGCUUAUGGGGCCGGGGGGAGUGUCGUCAUUCGCUCCGCUCCCUCACCCUCUGCAGGGGGGGAUAACUCCGCCAGCUCGUUUUUCCAGCAGGUUAUCAGCUUGACCAGGGGUUCUAGAUGCAUUCCAGAAGGGGGUUUAAAUGGACAAGCACCGGGUGAGAAUGUGGUUAGGGGCCAAGGUGGUGCAGGGAAACUAGAUGGGGGAGAUGAAAGCAACGUGGAGUGCGUGGCAUGGGCGCCGCAGGGUGCGGAGCAGCAGGGCGCGCUGGCGGCAGUGUGCGGGGACGCUGUGCACAUUCUGGCGCCGCAAAAUGAUCAGGGCUCCAGCCCAACAGAUUUGCCCCUGUUCUGGCGCCCCAUCGCUCGUUUACACCACCCCUCCCCCGUUCACGCUGUGGCUUGGACCCACUCUGGGGACGGCCUCCUCUCCGCGGGUGCAGAGGUCGCCAUGUGGCGCCCUACGAAGACGCCACCUGGCACCCCAGCCACCUGGCAGCGAAUCUGGAGUGGGACCCCCACGGACGGCCCCCAAGUGCAGACCGCAACCACGCAGACGGUGGAGAGCUUAGUGGCGACUGCACAAGGGCACGCACAAAAUGGGUCGGAGUCGGUUGCGGGUACCCCGGGGCGGCGCAAGCGCCCCGCGUGGGGGAGGGCUACGGAGACCGGUCACGCGACAGUCUGGUGGCACUGCGCGAAACCCGCUGACGUCAGCACCGAUGGUUCCGCUGCGAAGAAAGCCAAGCCGCAGGAGAGCUUGCCAGGAGGUCCGAAACACUCACGACUGGCUGUUGCGAAUGGGGCUCACGCGAGUGCUGAGGUCAGCGGAGCGGGAUCGAGCCAGCAGCAGCCACUUGACGACCCGGACUUCGACCCGAAUCAGGAGCUUCAUGCGAUCGUCUUACCGCACCCAGGGGCCAUUCUAAGCUUGCAGUGGCGCCCCCAGCAAGGACUGCGGGGUCUCGGCCCGAGGCGACAGGCCCUGCUGACAUCAUGCGAGGACGGGAUUGUCCGGCUGUGGCUCGAGGUAGAGGUGCGCAGGGGCCGCCAGGUGGCGGGCUCCGAUUCUCCGUCCACCCGGGCGCCCCCCCGCUUCUAUGUUGGGGCAAUUUUCGAGCCGUUUCCGGGUCCUAGCUCUGCGCCUUCUAUGCGGGGAUGCGUUUACUGGGCGGAAGAGAACUCCCCCCGGGGCGCAAAACCGGGGCAGGCUGCUGACGUGGCGGGCUGUGAGUGGCUGGUCGGAGUUCGGGCGGACGGAACGGUCGGGCUUUGGGCGGUUCACUGCCUGGACGACUUGCACCCUCCGAGAACGCCGCGCAUUUCAAAGUGGGACGAAUCACCAGGGCUCCUGUCGCAAGGGGAGGUGGCGCCUUCAGAGGGCGCCAGGUGGCAGCCGUCGGUGCUAUCGUGCGCAAUCCAGCGGCCGGAUGGGGGCCAGGGCGGCCCCCCCACUGCAGUCGAGCUCUGCGAGCGCGUCUCUGCUUGGGGGUUCCGGUGGGCGCGGAUCUGGCCCCCCGUUUUGGCGAUUGGCGGUGGGGGGGGCCACAUGGUGGGGGGCAACGGGGCCCCUAGAACGGGGGGGAGGAAAAGCUGGGGAGUGUCGAUGGAGGACGUCCGCGUUUUGGGGCUCGGCAGGGGGGUGAAACAGGUGGCAGUGCACCCAAGCCCGGCAGCCGCACUGCUGGCGACCGUUGAUUCGGAUGGGGGGGUCGUUUUGUGGGAGACGGGGGCCCCCGGGACGGAUUCGGUGGCGGUUCCUGCAGUGACGGGGCCGUUUGCGAUUAUGGGCUCGGCUAUUCGGGCUUGCCUGAGCCUCGAGGAGAUUGGUGGAGAUUCUGGCAGAAAAGAGCGCAGGUACUCGGUUGUUCGCUGGUUGGGAGGAGCUACGGCUCAGCCCGCGUCAAAACAGUGGCUUCUGAGUCUCCGCAGUGGGGCUGUGGAUCUGUGGGAGAUCGCAAGAAGCGGGAGCGGGCUGAAAGAUGCCAAGCUGUCGCUGUUAUCUUCGCUCGUUCCCCCUGAGGAGGAGGGGACUCCGAGUCUGGACAACUUUUGCAUCGUUCCUGGUUUGGCUGAUUCCAACGAUUGCGCUUUGGGUUCGGCAUCCGCAGUGACUUUUCGAGUUUUAGCAACGGGCAACUCGGGACGGUUGCUUCUUGGCUGGCGGUUGGAUAUCCGGGAUCCGGCAGGUUCGUCAAGAGGGGUUGCGGCAAGCUGGUGGUUCGGCUCGGAAGAAAGUGAGUCGAACGGCCAUUCCGGAGCGGAAGAGGAAAGGACAGCUGUCGAAGUGUGCUUCCUUGGUUCGCGAAACUUCGGGGAGACAGAGGCAGUGGUGGAUCUGGAUUCGGAGAUGAGCGAGUGGCCUUCGGAACGGAAAACGGAAAGAGGCGGCAAGGGGAAGGAACUGUUCGACGGAGAGCAUAGUGGGCCGUUCGUAUUUGCGACAGCUCAUGAAGACGGGAGCGUUCGCUUCUGGGACGUCGCAGAGGCAGCGGACCAGUCGUCGGACGCCAGCUGGCGCGUAGCGGGUUGGACGCAAGUUUCGGAACAGGGGGGCCUGAAGUCGGUCAGAGUCGCCCCCGGGAAAGGCCGGAUUGCUGUCGUCAUCAAGAGCAGAACGAAGCCCAAUGACACGUCAGUAGAGCGGGUGCAGAUUUGGGAGGGCGAGAGCUGCUUCGGCGUGGGGGGUGCGUUCACACUGGAGGGCGAGCUGGAACACCCUGCCAGUGGGAACACCCCGGAGGUGGCCUGGGGCGACGCGCACAACGGCCAGCUAUUACUGGCGGUCGCCGGCGGAGAGAAGCUCCACGUGUUCGUCCAGGGACACAGCCCACGAAGGGACCCCGAAUCGGGAACGCCGAACAGCGACCUGCAACUGAAAACGGGGGGCUGGACGUGUCUCGCCGAAGCGGAGUCUCCGUUCGAGCGGUUCCGGGGUUUGGCGUGGGGUCCGCAAAUGUCGCUCAUUGCUGGCGCCGGUCCGAACCUCCACCUUUUCGGACCGUGGCUGACCGGGAAGCCCUCCGUUUCCGUGCUGCCCCUUCCGCCGCCCGAAACGGCAGCGCCCGUAAACGCGCCUCUGUCGAAAAUGACCUACAAGGGGGGGAGCUAUUCCCAGUUGUCGCUGGCCCCCUCUGCGUCUACCAGCUCUCUCCCUCAGCUAGGACUCCACUCUAGUUCCGUCCCCUCACUUACUUCCCUCCUAACCCCUUCCUCUUCCUACGGGUCCCUUUCGGGCGCAGAACAGAAACUACCACUGAAAACCACCUCCGGUGCUGACGUCAUCACGCUUUUUGACGCUGCUGGGGGGGUCGGAGCGCCCCUGGAAGAUUACCACCCCCGGGUCUUGUUCCACUUCAUGUUUGAGGGGAACAAGAGAAAGGCGCGCGCAUGCUUGCGACACUUGGCUGCAGGGCUGCACGCCACGUCAGCAAAGGGCGCCGAAAGUUCUGGAAGCUCGCGGCACUUCGGGCGCAUGCAUUUGUCGGAGCUCGUGAGCUUGGACGAGCCGACAGAAACGUCUAGGCUUCCCUCCAGGCGUGGAUCCGCGGUUGGGAGCUCUAGCGCAAAAGCCGGAGACAAGUACGCGUCGCUGAUGUCGAGUUCCUGGGUGGACGAGGAGCCCGGCGGGGAGGGUGACGUCCACGCGGCAAAAGCGGGCGAGUUCGUGAGGAAAGACGCGGGCGAGCUCUUUACGAAAGCGGAGGCGGAGGCUCUGGCAGAAGCGCUUGCAACAAGUGUGGAUGUGCAGGGGCUGACGUCAGACGAGCGGGUGCAGCUGCUGGCAAUCAUCGACGCUCUGGCUGAGCUGGACGGCGGCAGCGGCACGCCCCGGCUCGCGCUCGACGCACCCGCGGAGCGCUUCCGGAUGGCGACACGUGCCAGCACACUAGCGGCGUCACGGAAACGGGGGCGCACGGCGGGGACGGCGGACAUAACUCUUCCCUCGAUGCAGAUGGCGUGGGUCCUUCAUUCGGAUACCAAGGAGGCCCUGUUGGACGCGUGUCUGCCGGAUCCCCCCACGUGGCCCGCGAUGCGCGCGCUCGGCGCCGGGUUCUGGCACACCAACGUGACGGACCUACGUGCGCGCGUUGAGAAGGCGGCCCGCGCACAAUUCAUGGAGAAGAAGGACCCCAAGGACUGCGCGCUGCUCUACUUGGCGCUCGACAGAAAGACCGUGCUGACGGGUCUCUUCAAGCUGAGCCGCGACGAGAGGGACAAGAAGCUGUACGAGUUCCUGGGGCGGGAUUUCACACAGCCCGCCCACCGGGCCGCCGCGCUCAAGAACUCGUACGUGUUGAUGGGCCAGCACCGGCACGAACUAGCGGCGGCGUUUUUCCUGCUGGGGGGAUCCCUCGACGAGGCGGCCGGGGUGUGCUGCAAGAAUCUGAAGGACCCCCAGCUGGCGCUGCUGGUCUGCCGGCUGCGGGAGGGGGCCGAUGGGCCGGUCGGGCGGGACAUUCUCAAGCGGGAGAUCCUUCCCUCUGCAAGAGAGUCGGGCGACGCGUGGCUCGCGAGCCUGCUGCUGUGGUCGCUGGGCAACAAGAUCGAGGCUUUGCGGGAGGUUGCGGGAUCGGGGACUCCUACCGAGGGCGAGCCACGCUCCGCGCCGAUCCUAGACCCGGAAGUCGGGGACUACUGCGCGCUGCUGGCCGGCAAACCCGGGCUUCAACAAGGCCCCCACGCAAAGGAAGCCGCCGAGAUUGUCAAGCGGGCGACCGUGCGCGCGGCAUAUGCCUACGACAGAGCGGGACUCCAACUUCAAGCCCUAGAACACCUUCCCUCUGACGUCACUUCCCCCACCCAACCUGAGGUCGAAACUCCCAAACCCCCCGAAACGCCGGCAUUAAAGGCGAGUUUCGCCCCCUCUGCUUCGAUCGAAAGCGGGACUUUCUCCUGGGGGGGCAGCUUUGGUGGGGCAGGAGGGGGGAGUGCGACGGAGACGACUGCCUCGACAAGAACCAGUAGGAGCGAGAAAGAUAGCAACCCCUGGGCGGUUGGCGUUACCUCGCCCAACGCCGAAACUUCUAAACCCUCCGCCGAAACCCCUGAACCCUCUGCCAGAUCUCCCAAACCCUCCUCGGAAAACCCGUGGUCUUUCGGCUCUUCGUCGCUCUCAGACGCAGCCGAACCGCAGCCGCCCAAACCCCCCAGAUCCUCCGCGAACCCUUGGGCCUUUGGCGCGACCGCCGACGAGGAAGAGGCGCCGGCCGAAACCUCCAAACCCCCGCCUGCCACGUCAGCAAACCCUUGGUCGUUCGGAUCGUCCUUCGCUCCGUUAGAAGAGUCGAACGCAGAGACCUCCAAACCCCCGGAACCUCCGUCCGCCGCAAAACCCAACCCCUGGGCGAUCGCCUCUUCCUUCACGAGCUUUGGCGACUCAGAAGAUUCGAGCGCCGAAACCUCCAAACCCGCGGAAGCGCCGGCCGCGGCAAAACCCAACCCCUGGGCGAUCGGCUCUUCGUUCACGAGCUUUGGCGACGAAGCUCCGGCGCCGAAACCUUCGGACGCCUUCAGCUUCGGAGGCAACGAAGACGCGGCCGCCCCCGCGGCCGCGCCCGCGGCUAAACCCUCGAACCCCUGGAGUUUUGCGCCGCCAGAAGAGGAGGAAGAGGCGAAGGUGGAGGAAGCGGAGGACGUCACGAAGGGGCCGGUGAAGGGGUCCAGGAUCGGCGACGGGUGGCUUGGAGAGCAAGUCGUCACCGGCCUCCGCUACAGUAUGCGCCACCGUCUGACGUCACAGGUCGUCAGCCCUCUGCUGCAGCAGCACCCCAGUUGGGCGAUGACGUCAGCAACUUCUCAAGAAGCUGCAGACGAAGCGUCCGAAGAAGAACUGCUCCUAGAGGACGUUACUCUAGCGGUCGACCGGUGGCGGGUCGAUCCGCAGAGGCUCUCCACCGCCCUCACCUCGCUCGCCCACGGAGGCUCUAGAUGGUCCCUCUUCUGCCGCCUGGUCUGCGGAACCUCUACAGCUUCCCAAGUCAAAACAAGCGCCUCUGGCCCGGAUCUGGCGGCGCUGGGCCGGGCGUUUCUGGCGGAGCCGGGAAAGUACAAGCCCGUGGCCGGAGAUAUCCUCCGGGCGCUCGUCCACGUGCUGCCACGUGUCGUCUCGGUGUUAGUCCUUGCGAGUGGAGCGGCGGCGCCGGCGCGCAGCCCGCUGCCACGUCAGCAGCUGUGGGAGGUCCUGCGGGUGGCCGAGGAGGUGCAGGCGCUGACGGGUGACGUGGCGUCUGCCGAAGCUGCCACGUCAUCCAGGGAGGAGAGCGUGAAGAAAGCUGGCGCCGUGGUCGCGCUUUUGCUGUUCUUGGCGGCGGCGUGGUUCGGAAAACGGACCCAAGGGCUCUUAGCGCUUUUGCAGCCUCUGCUGGAAAACGGCGCCGUGCCGAUCGCUCUUUCGAGCAGCCCGCAAGAAACGCACGACUGGAUCGAGGGGCGGAUCCAGAAGCUGACGUCAUCGGCUCUCCGGGAACAGGGGAAAGCUCCGGACAGCAGAGGGUCAGGCCCGUCCGGCGUUCAAAAGGAACCGCCUGCAAGCGAUCCGUUGCCCCCUAAGAGCCUCGUCGUAUCAGAGGCCGACACGUGGCGCGUCCUCAGCACAUGCCUCUGGUCGCAAGUGCUCGGGGCCGUCCGGAAACAGCUCAGCGGUCCGAAGCCGCCAGAAGCUUUUUCGGACCGUUCGCCCGGGGAUCGGUCCCAGGGCUUCGGAUGGAACUCCCCCUCUCAGGAGCAGUCCCCGCUCCUGUCCCCACACUCGGUUUCCCCGCCGGCCUCCCCUCCAGGGGGUCAAAAACGCCCGGCUUCUACCCCCCCGGGUGUGGGCGGCGGAAUCGCUGGAGCUGGAGGUAUCUACUCCCGAGGUUCGACUUCCAAACCGGGCCAGGGGGACGAGAAGGCGGCGAGGAAGGUUCGUAUCGAAGACGGGAUUGUGAGCGCUUUGGCCGGGGUGCAGACUGGGCUGAGGCGACAGCUGGCGGCGCAUGUGAAGCGACAGCUGGCAGGGGCGAAAACUCCGCCGCCUCUAGUUGCGUGGCUGUGGGAGAACGCUCUGAAGGAGGAGACGGGAGGGGCCCAGGCGGCGAUUCCGGUCUUGCAUCUGAGUAAAGACCCAAAAGACAAGGAGCAAGCGCAGCAGGCAGCCCUAGCGCUUCUAAAUCAGCCCAAGCCGCGGAUCCCGGUGCCCCCCCUGGCAAGCCGAGACCCCCUGGAAGCGGAGCUCUGGAGACUGGUGGUCGACAGGGAGAAGCUACGGGCAGCGCUCGAGAUGGAAGGGCUCCCGGCGCCCUCCCCCGGGCUGUUCAAGAACGACGUUCCCGCGGCAGCCGCCCCAAGAGUCACCCCCCUCAAGGACUCGCCAUUCGUGAACAAGACCAAGGGCUCCCCAAAGGUGCAAGAGAAGCCGGAGACGGUGCUGGGCUACGGGGAGCCGCAGGAGGUGUUCACACUGCCGGGGGAGCUGCUGGAGUCUGUCUGCGUCAACUCGGUCGACCCGCGGCAAAUGGUCGUUGCCACCAACCGGAAGGGACUCGUGUACGCCGACAUCCGGCCGGGGGGCGGCACGCCUGGUGUGGCGUCAGCGCCCGCGUCGUUUGCACCGAUGGGGCUGACGUCUUCGGGAGCCCGUCUCGACAGGAUACGCUAUGGGGCAAGUCGCUAUGGCCCUCUCGAGGCUGGCCCGGCACCGGCCCCAAGACCGACGUGUCCCCCCCCUCCUCGACGCCCCCCUCUUCCUCCCAAGUGGGCUCCUACGUUUCGGGCAUGUCGGUCCAGGGGGGGGGUUGCUGGACUGGGGGUUGGGGCGGGCACGUGGGCGCUUGGGUGGGACGUCGACGAAGGGUCGGCCGAAGACCCGAUCCCUUUACUGGACAGCGUGACUAGCCGGACCCUGGCGGCCCACCCGCUGCGCCCCUUGUUCCUGGUCGGCUCCAACAACACGCACACGUAUCUGUGGGAGUUUGGACGCGAGAAGGCGUCCGCAACGUACGGCGUCCUGCCGGCCGUCAGCGGACCGCCGCCCUACGUCAUCCCGUCCGUCGAGCGCGUCAAAUUUGACCGGUACGGGCACCGCUUCGCGACGGCCGCGAACGACGGGACGGUUUCCACGUGGCGGCUUGAGGUUGGCGGCCGCAGCCAGACCCGCGCCGACGAAACACGGCAGUGCUUCUCGCGCCACUGCUCCGACCUCGCAUUUGUUGGCGCCAGCGGGAGCGUUGUCGCGGCGGCCGGGUUAUCCAAUAACAACGAAAACCUCGUACUUUGGGACACCCUCGCCCCCCCUAGUUCGUCGCGCGCCGCCGUCCAUUGUCACGACGGGGGUGCGCGCUGUCUGGCCGUGAUUGAUUCCGGGGGGGGUGGAUACCCGCUUAUCGUUUCGGGGGGUAGGGGCGGGGACAUCAUCGUGCAUGACUUCCGGUACGUGGCGAGCGGUCGGGGGAGUAGUAAGCACUCGGGGCAGAACGGGGCCGCCCCGGGGGGGUCGACCGGGGCGAGUGGAAGCCCGGGGGGACAGGCUCGGAAGCCCCCGGUUGCGGAGGGCGGGGGGAGCACGAGCGAUCGGACGGUGUGGUCGAUCUCCCGGGCGCACGCGGGGGGCGUUCACACUAUUGAGGCCGUGCCCGGGACGAGCAUGUUUGUGACCGGGGGGAAGGACGGGGAGGUGAAGCUGUGGGACGCGGGGUCGUCGCGGCUGGUGCACACGUGGGAGCGGGCGCACGAUAAGCGGACGUUCUUAAACGCUCGCGGAGGGGGGGCCGUUAUGCAGGCCGCCGUGACGCUCGUUCUGCCGUUACAAGACGGGAUGCUCAGUUGCGGGGCGGACGGGAUCGUGAAAAUGUACCCGCACCAGGAGAUUGCGUAUGCGAGAUCAGCUACGAAUGCUGCCUGAAAGCCGGCUGAGCAAGUUCGAGCAAUGUUAGAAAUCGCUCGAAGCAGGACUGCGGCAAGCGAGUGCGUCGUUCAAAGAACGUUUUCCUCAUACGAGAAGUCCAAAGGGGUUUUUGCUCGAAGCAGCAACUCUGCUCAAAGACUCGAGAGCCAAAUAGUGGGAGCUAACGCGUAAAGGACUGCAUUGAAAAAGGGAGGCUGAUCAAUAACCAGUCUUCAAUUGUAGCGACUGUUCAUUUGUGGCCGACCCGACUUUGCCAACUUUGAUGACGAAUUUGGGACUCGCUGGUGUAAAGACAUUCCGAACACAGAUCCUGAGACUUCGAUGGGCACUGAGACUCGGAUCCAAAUCGCAUGUACUGCAACGUAUGAUAAGUGCG